AUGAAUCUCUUCAAUAUUAUCAGUAUUUGCACGUUCGCUCUAGCGCAGUUUACGCUCGCGCAAUUAUCGAACUUCGAUGAAUGGGAGCAUGAGCGCAUCCAGCUCGACGACGUUUCGAUUCAUUUCCGCUACCAUGGUGAAGGUCCGCCCAUCCUUUUGGUGCAUGGCUUCCCCCAGCACUCAUUAACGUGGCAUACCAUCGGACCCAUCUUGGCGCAGAACUAUACUGUGAUCGCCCCAGAUAUACGCGGCUGCGGAGACUCAGCGCUUCCUUUCUCAAAGAAUUACACGGCUGCAGCUGCCGGCACCGAUCUCAAAGCCAUCCUAGAUUACCUCAACAUCACGUCUACAUACGUCUUUGCGCAUGACAAAGGCGUAGGGCUUGCGACUUCUCUUGCUAUAGAACACCCAUCGGUUGUUGAAGCUAUCAUUCUCGCAGAAUACGCUCUCCCAGGUUACGGGUAUCCUACCCAGGUAACGAGUUCUAGCUUGUACCAGAAUUGGCAACUCGCAUUCUUUGCCGUGCCUGAUGCAGCCGAAUUCUUCAUUCAAGGGCGCGAAAAGCAGAUGCUGAGCUGGUACUUUUUUCAUGCGAGUUAUUCUGGCACAGCGGCUUUGAGCGAAGACCACCUACAGCGCUACACGAACGAGAUAUCCAAACCCGGGUUUCUAAGGAGCGGCAUGGAGUACUUUGCAGCGGCCUGGGAUGACGAAGCCUACUUCACUUCGGUGUUCGGUAGCGGGAAGAGGUUGCAGAUGCCAUUGCUGGUAUUGGGAGGCGAAGCAAGUUUUUCUCCCGUGACGCUAUUAGAAGAAAUAUGGUCGCAGAUAAGUGAUGAUUUCGUUGCUGAGGCGAUUCCAAAGGCUGGACAUUGGAUUGGCGAUGAAAAUCCAAUUUGGACAGGUAAGCGCGCGUUGCAGUUCUUCGGAAGAGCUGGGCAGAUAAGCAGCAUCAAUCUAUCAUAUCUCAAGGACAGAGUAACUUUGCAGGGUGGAAUUGUUUGA